CACUUUUUCACUGUCAAUUUUUGUGGUGUUUUCGUGUCUUCUUUCAUUACGAUAAAAUUUUUUAACAAUUUUAUUUUUUCGAACAGUUACUUGUUGAAAGAAUUGCUCUAGAUAUGAGUCGAAUAUAAAACAAAAUUGGGUAUUACGUCCUAGUUUUGCUUUGAAAGUAUCUAUUUUAUAUACGCUGUUAUAGUGAAAAAAGUUAAAAUAUAAAUAUUAUGGCGCUUAAUUGCUUUCGACAACUUUCUAAAGCCGUAAGAGGAGCUCAGAUAUCAAUGAUACAAUGUCAAAGAACGAUAAGCACAACAGAUCCAGCAAGACUCGGUAUGAUACCGAUUGUAGUCGAACAAACUGGAAGAGGUGAACGUGCUUACGAUAUAUAUUCAAGAUUGCUCCGCGAGCGUAUCAUUUGUCUCAUGGGUCCAAUCAAUGACGACAUUAGCUCCUUAGUUGUAGCUCAGUUGUUAUUCUUACAGUCCGAAUCUAGUAAAAAGCCUGUCCACCUCUAUAUUAACUCGCCAGGCGGUAAUGUGACAUCUGGACUUGGUAUAUAUGAUACCAUGCAGUACAUAACGCCGCCGGUAGCGACAUGGUGUGUUGGACAAGCUUGUAGUAUGGCUUCAUUGCUUUUAGCUGCUGGAGCACCUGGUAUGCGCCAUGCGUUACCUAAUUCACGUAUUAUGAUACACCAACCAUCGGGAGGUGUGAGAGGCCAAGCUACUGAUAUACAAAUACAGGCAGAAGAGAUAUUAAAGCUAAAAAAACAAAUUAACAAUCUCUAUGUUCGUCAUACUGGCUUACCGAUAGAAAAAGUACAAAGUUCUAUGGAGCGUGAUCAUUUCAUGUCACCGACCGAAGCUAAAGCAUUUGGUCUAAUUGAUAACAUUCUGGAACAUCCUCCUUCACAUGCUAUGGAAAAUGAAUGUGCACCGGCAACCUCAACUCCAAGUACAACUACUUCUACAGAUUAAAUAUUGUAAUAAAUGAUUAGGAUAUCUAAUUAUGGUAUAAUAAUAUAAACAUGUUGAAUUUUA